AUGCCAAAUGGGAAUCUAGAAAUGUGGUUACAUCUAAAAGAUCCUGAAGAUGGUGAAAAAAAUAAUCUGAGUUUAAGCCAAAGGAUUAACAUAGCCUUGGAUGUGGCCGUUGCUUUGGAUUAUCUUCACAAUCAGUGUGCACCUCCAGUCAUACAUUGUGACUUGAAGCCAAGCAAUAUUCUUUUGGGUCUUGACAUGGAUGCGCACGUCAUCGACUUUGGCCUAGAAAGAUUCUUGUUCAGCACAGGAAAUGGACAUCAAGAUAGUUCAGCAAGUUUGAGCCGCUUAAAAGGAUCCAUAGGAUACAUCCCACCAGAGUAUGGAAUGAGCGGAGAGAUAUCAACCAAGGGUGAUGUCUAUAGCUUCGGAGUGCUUCUGUUACAACUGAUAACAGGGUGUAGUCCAACUGAUGAAAAAUUUAACGAUGGUAUAAGCCUUCAUGAAUUUGUUGAUAGAGCAUUUACGAAGAAUAUUCAUGAGGUUGUUGACCCUACAAUGCUACAAGAUAACAACAAUGCAACUGACAUGAUGGAGAAUUGCGUUGUUCCACUUCUAAGAAUAGGCCUCUCUUGCUCCAUGGCAUCACCCAAAGAGCGGCCUGGUUCUUACUUCAGACCUCUCCAUGGCCUCAAGGAGGUCGCACGCUUCGGUGGCUCUGCCAUUCUUGAGCAGCCCACCGAGGAGGUAGUUCCAGGAGUUGGCAUUGCGUAG